AUGCCGCGCGAACGAAGUGGAAGCCAAAGCUCCAGUGAUAGCAGCUCGUCUGGCCAUGAACAAUCUAGGACCACGCGCGGCUCACAGGCUGCCGCGCGUAUGACCAUGGCGGUUAUUCUCGGGGUCACACAAUCAGUACUCUUCAGAAUGAACGACGACGACGAUAACGAACGAACCCAAUUGCUUGGCCAGGGGAACCAGAAUGGUGAUGGAAAUGACAGCAAUAAGGAGACUCAACCCAAUUCAAAGACUCGAGCUGCAGUUUGGGGCGUUCUCACUCUCUUGUUUGUGAUAGGGCUGGUUCCGCUGCUGGCCUUUCAAGAUAAGUUGCCGGAAGAGCUAUUUCCGUGGCUAGGCAGGUUGCCUAGUGAUCCUAUGCUGGCAGCGCUGAGCAUCCUUGACAAGGCCCCGGUCAUCGUACGUGACGGCAGGCCUUUAAAUACACUCGACUGA